GCCUCUCUUUCGCGCAAGGUCCAGCUGCUUUGUGCGCAUGCGCUUACAUUUUUUGAAAUUACGUUGAUAUGAGUAUCACAUUCAACGUGAUAUUAGUGAUCGUAUGAAACAGUUACGUGAAAAUUGCGAAGAAUUAAAGAAACUUCAAGAAAAUUAAAGAAGAAAAAGGCGAUAAUUUCAUUAAUCUACAUGGUUCACGAUGGUGCGAAUUUGUUUUUUGUGCAAGAAGAAAGCAACAAAAGAUGCAAAUUUUACAAUGCACAAAUUUCCAAAAAACAGUGACUAUAGACAUAGUACGGAUCUGCUGUGCCAAAAGAAAUGGUUAUUGAAACCAGAAGCAGUGCCUUCCAUUGGUGUUCUAAAUCGUCCAGCUACCAAACUGCAGUUCCAGUCAACAUUCAAGAAUGUUAAUCAAAAAUGCCCAAUUGGCGAUUCCAGAUUUUUACACGAAUCUAUUGAUUUCGGUCACGACUAUAUUAAAACAUUUUGGGACUUGUCACCAUAUGUUGACAAUGUAGUUCUGUACAUCGCAGGCUACGUUAGCAAACACGUUAGCGAUAGUUUAUAUUGUGACAUAUGUCGGGCUCAAUUAGUAGGAUCGGAACAGCCUUUGCUGUUGUCGAUAAAAAAUAAAAAAUCGUAUAUUGUACCGUCUGCAGAUUUAAGCAAAGUGGAACAAACAAAAGAAAAAAUGCAGGAAACGCAGGAAAUGGAACUAAUGAAAUUAAUGGAACUAAUGAAAGAAGUUAAGAAAGUGAAAAAAAAGAAGGUUGGCUCCCCUGAUCUGGUGCGGAACAUGUGUAGUGGCAAAAUUGGAAUCGAAACAAUUUGUUAA